UGGAUGGGUUGGAAUGGUACAACCAAGACCUGCCAUGUAAUCUCUACCUGAAUGAAUGAGGAGAACUUGAUACCCUUCAGUAUUGGAAGGUGUUAUCCGAUCAACUCAUGAUGUUAUUGCUCCAAUUGUGUGUUCUUUCACUGGUCGGUUUAGGCCUGGGUGAAGAGGCCUCAUCGGAUUAUGAUGUCAAAACGGAGAUGGACCAACGGCUCGAUAAAUAUCGACAAGUGUGCAACAGCUACAACGACCCAAGAAAGCUGGAACAUUCCGCCCUUUUCGACUCGAAAAUUGUUGUCAGUAAACAUUACAAGAUCCCGUCGAGGAAAUUUGCCAUGUGUGUGCCACCCAAGGUGGGAUCUCAAUCGUGGCGAAAGCUUUUAGUGCUCCAAAGACAACGAGAUCAACAAGAAGAAACUAAGAAGGAGGAACAAUUGGAGUCCGAAAAUAAAACUGGAGAAGAGAAGGGUAGGAGUGAAAAAGAGAAAAUUCCGGACGAAACUGAUCCUUUACUGGCGUAUAGAGCCUCUUUCAGAGGGAUCCAAGUGAGACAUCCAUUGGAACGAAUUUUGUCUUCGUAAUUGUUCAUCUUCCUGGACAGCACUGUUCAUCGGGACCUCACAGAGAAGGUAAAAUCCAAGUGGCUAAACCAUAGGAAAGAUCCAUUAACCCCUGAAAAAGGCGAGAUUGGGGUGGAUCAUGGAGAUAUUCAGACGUUAACGUUCCGACAAUUUGUCAAUUUCCUCACCAAAUGUCCAAUGGAGCUUAACGAAUGCUCGGUCUUGGUCAAUGAGGGUCUGGCCCAACAUUGGGCUCCGUAUUGGAGUUGGUGUCAACCUUGUGCCCCAGGCUAUGAGUAUCAUUUCAUUGCCAAAUUGGAACAUUUCAACGAAGAUAAGAAGUACAUCUUUGACAAAGUCGGAUUUAACAACAGCAUUGAAGUCAUUCAGGAGAAUAAAACAAAGGCUGGCCACGCAUCAAAUCCAUUGGAGAAGGCCAGAUAUUAUGGCACAUUAACGUCCCAAGAGAUUUAUGAUCUGUACCUUAGGUACAAAUUAGAUCAUGAGCUCUUCGAUUACAGCCCUGAGGAAUACCUAAAGCUCGCCAAAGAUUACAACGCUUCCACCGAAUGAUAUUGCUAUUGUAAUCAACAUAAAUAUAAUUCUGUCAAGAAUCCUUACUCACAGCCUACACAAAAACCCUUCACACAACCUGCCGAUAGGAUGAGAAAGUUUGCAGCCCCAACUUUUUGUUUACAUUCAUUUUGGACGGCCCAAACUUUAUAAUUAACAAAUGGCCAAUCCUAAUCAGAGACGAAAGUUUAAUUGAAGCAUUGUUAUUCAAUUGUUUGAGCUACAUUGGCCAAAGUGAUCGGAAAAAGUUCGUUUCUAUCUCUCAACACUGGGAACCGUUCAAAGUUGGGCCAGGAAAGAAAGUAGAUUACGAUUGUUCUCACGGGACUUGUCCCGAAUUCCCUCGUUAAUUAACAUGCAAAUCAAUAAAUGGGAGUUACAAGGUGAGAACUCGACUGAGUGUCUGAGGGCAAAAAUAUGUUUUUCUCUUCAAUCUCCGGAAUAGGAACAACGAGGAGGAAAAGAACCCUCAAAAGAAUCUCAGAUUUACAACUUUGCUACAAGAGAGCAUAGCCAACAAUACGGCUAGUAAGUAGCCUUUCCUCGUAAAUUCACGGCAAUACAACUCUGAAAAUGAAGGUUAUCAACCUAGAAAUGAGAAAGGAUGCCUUUCCACGUAACCAAGCUCCUCUUCCUCGACCUUCUCGGCUUUCAAAAAGUGCUCUCAUCUCGAAAACCAAGAUAGGUCAAUACAGGGCUGGAUGAGCUCGCCAACUCUCUUCUUUGGUAUUCUAGAGUGGGUAUUAAUAUUUCAUUUUUGCUAAGAAGUUUGAGGAAAUUAUGA